CAUGAGGAGCGUCUUACAAUGCGCCACGCUGCAAUGCGCUCUCAUCAUUCCCGACUCGCCCCGUCACUUUUCUGCCCAGCAUCUUCUUCUUCACAACCCCCACUUGUGUCUGUGUGUUUGUGUGAGUGACAAACCCUGCUUACCAAACCUGCGCAAUCAAUCUACCAUAUUCCGCCUCUCCUACGCUUCUCUCCUCGCUCCAUUUCAAUCAACUGUCUGUUAUCGACUGCGCGUAUGGUGCUGAUAUAAAGAAUCUGCAUUUCUCCGAUCUCCUUUCUCUCUGUCCAUGGAGAUUCGGUUAAUCUUGCUGCUGGGGUUAUUCUUGAUUUCCUGGGUUUACAGCGGAUUAGCGACGAGGGUUGUGUAUUCCGGGAGGCUAGUGCACAGGUUCUCGGAUGAAGUGAAGGCGCAUCGGGGUGUUCAAGCUUUGGAGAACGGGAGAGUGUCUGAAGCUCCAGUUUGGCCGAGGCGGCGGAGCUCGGAGUACUACCGGCGGCUCUUGAGCAGCGACUUGCAGCGGCAGACGUUGAAAUUGAAGCCUCAGUUCCAAAUUCUUUAUCCUUCUGAAGGAAGCGCUUCGCUAGCCCUCGGAAAUGACUUCGGCUGGCUACAUUAUAUGUGGAUUGAUGUAGGCACGCCAAAAGUUUCUUUCCUAGUGGCGUUGGAUGCUGGAAGUGAUCUGUUUUGGGUUCCCUGUGAUUGUGUGCAAUGUGCACCAUUAUCUGCCAGUUAUUACAGCAGUCUGGACAAAGAUCUCAAUGAGUACAGCCCUUUUGUCUCUAGCACAAGCCAAUCAAUCUCUUGUGGUCAUCAGUUAUGUGAAUUGGGCUCAAAUUGUCCUAGUCCUGGACAGCAAUGUCCAUAUACCAUUGACUAUUAUUCACCUAAUACAUCCACUUCUGGAUUUCUUGUCGAAGAUAUUCUACAUCUAAUAUCGACCCAUUCUGAUGCAUCCACCAAAUUUGUGAGGGCUCCAGUUAUUUUUGGAUGUGGUAAUAAACAAACUGGUGGUUACCUAUCUGGAGUUGCACCUGAUGGUCUUCUGGGUCUGGGGCUUGGAGAAAUUUCGGUCCCGAGUAUUCUAGCAAAAUCUGGAUAUAUUCGAAACUCCUUUUCGCUAUGUUUCAGUGAAGAUGAUUCUGGAAAACUAUUCUUCGGGGACAUGGGAUUAGCAGACCAACAAACUACACCAUUUUUGCCGUUGGAUGGAAAGAAUUUAACAUAUAUUGUUGGAGUGGAUGACUGCUGUAUUGGGAGCUCCUGUCUUAACCUAAUGAACUUUGAAAUGCUGGUCGACACUGGGUCAUCGUUCACAUUCAUCCCAGAUCAAAUCUAUAAGAAAGUGGCUGACGAGUUUGAUAGACAACUAAAUGCUUCAAAAGCAAGCUUUCCAGGUUAUCCUUGGCAAUAUUGUUACGAGUCCAGCUCUCAGGAAAUGCCAAAGAUUCCUACGUUGACCCUGAAGUUUGCAACAUCCAGCGGUUUCAUUGUCAGCAAUCCUGUUUUGAUGAUCUACGGCACCAAGGGUGCCGUUGGAUUUUGUUUAGCAAUACAACCGACGCAAGAAAACAUUGGGACAAUUGGACAGAACUUCAUGACUGGAUACCAGAUUGUGUUCGAUAGGGAAAAUUUCAAGUUGGGCUGGUUGCGCUCAAAUUGCCAAGAUCUUGAUUACGAAGACGGCGCCCCGUUGAACUCAUCAGGUAAUAGCAACUCCCCUAAUUCCCUGCCCACAACGGCGCAACAAGGUGGAGCCAAUGGCCGUGCUGUCGCUCCGGCAGUUGCUGGAAGGACACCUUCCAAGUCCUCGGCCUCAUGCUUGUCAGGUUUGGUGAAUCUGUUCUUGUUUUUAAUCGCACACAUCUCAUAAUAUAUAUAUGAAAACCAACAUGGUGUUGAUUGGUAGUUAUAUAUGUAAAUUCUGAUUCUCAGUCUCGUAGUCGAAAUCUAGGCUAUUUUUUAACUUUGAGAGAGAGUAAUUUGUGUAGUAGUCUGUAAAAUUUGUGUAAUUUAUUUUCAAUUUUGAUGUUGUACUAUUAUGUAUGCAUCAUUCAUACUGAGAGAGAAUGGCUAGUUAUCUUGUGUUGAGAUCAAUCAUAUUCCUAGUUAUGUGGACUAUUAUAUAUA